UAAAAUUAUAAGCAAAAGACAGGGAAGGGGGAAGGGAGAGACAGACAGAGAAGAUGGAAAUCAGCUGCUGCGUCGGCUAUGGCGUAGCUUCCCUUCUGCUCUUGUUCCCGUGUCUCUGUGUUUUGAGAGUCUUCACAGGGAAAUCCCUAGGCAGCAAAGAGUACCCACCUGUGAAGGGAACUAUGUUCCAUUUGCUUAGAUGCUUGGACAGGCUCUAUGAUUACCAGGCACAAGUUGCUGCCAGUAACAAAACGGUCAGGUACCUUGCCUUCUCUCAUAGCGAAGUCUACACUACGGAUCCGCCCAACAUCGAGUAUAUCCUGAAGACCAACUUUGCUAACUAUGACAAGGGGCCGUAUCAUCGGCAGAUAACGAAGGAUCUUCUUGGAGAUGGUAUUUUUGCAGUGGAUGGUCAGAAAUGGCGUCAUCAAAGAAAAGUAGCGAGCUACGAGUUCUCCACCAAGGUGCUGAGAGAUUUCAGUAGCAUCGUUUUUCGGAGGAAUGCAGCUGUUCUUGCACAGAAGAUUUCAGAGAACGCAGAUGCUGAUCUGCCCAUGGAUAUACAUGAACUAUUCACAAAAUAUUCCAUGGACUCUAUUUUCGAAGUUGGAUUUGGGCUCAAACUGAAUAUAUUGGAUGGGUCUAAUGAGGAAGCGAUAAGAUUCGCCAAGGCUUUUGAUGAAUCGAACGCUUUGACAUAUUACCGUUUCUAUAACUUAUUCUGGAAGGUCAAGAGAUUUUUCAAUGUUGGUACAGAAGCAACACUCAGAAAAAAUAUUGCAGUGAUUGAUGAGUUCAUCUAUAAAAUCAUCAGUUCUAGACGGAAGCAGUAUUCCCGCCUUCAAAGUACUCAUGUGAAGGAAGAUAUUCUGUCAAGGUUCCUUUGGGAAAGUGAAAAGAAUCCGGAGACUAUGAAUGAUAGUUACUUGAAAGAUAUCAUUUUGAACUUCAUGAUUGCCGGCAAAGAUACCACUGGGGGGACACUAUCAUGGUUCAUAUAUAUGCUCUGCAAGCAUCCCCUUGUACAAGAAAAGAUUGCACAGGAGGUCAAGGAGAUGGUUGGUUCUUGUGAAAAAGGACAGUUUACACAAUUUGUGGAGAAAAUUACAGAAAGGUCAUUAGAAAAGCUGCACUAUCUUCAUGCUGCUUUGAGUGAAACCUUGAGACUGUACCCUGCAGUCCCCAUCGAUAGACAGUGUGCAUGCAAGGAUGACAUCCUCCCUGAUGGAUUCAAAGUGAAGAAAGGUGAUGGAGUCAACCAUAUAACUUAUGCGAUGGGCAGGAUGAAGUAUAUCUGGGGCGACGAUGCGGAGGAUUUCCGGCCAGAGAGAUGGCUCCAAGACGGAGUUUUCAAACCAGAAUCCCCUUUCAAAUUUCCAGCAUUUCAUGUCAGGUCAGAAGAAAGAAAAACUCAAAAAAAAAUUCAUUCACUGUCACAGGCUGGUCCACGGACGUGCUUGGGUAAAGAUUUCGCGUAUCGGCAGAUGAAGAUAGUAGCUGCAUUGCUUAUUGCUUUCUUUAGAUUCAAAUUAAAGGACCCAUCUAAAGAGGUGAGUUACAAAACCAUGCUGACUCUUCACAUUGAUCAGGGCCUUCAUGUUCGUGCCAUUCCCCGCCAUCUGUGAGAGUCAACCGUCUUAUUCACGAGAUAACAUCAUAUGAAAUAUGAAGGUAUGGUUGUAGUGAAACUUUGCUCUUUCCAUGUUUAAAACAGACUGUCUAAUAUAAGUACUUAAAUUAGAAGAGGGCACCAUAUCUUUUUCGUUCUACUAAGAUGAUUCUGAAGGUGAGAUUGUCACUUCUGAUCGGUUCCUGGAACUGCAGAAAUCGUAUAAUUUUUUGAAACCUCUCCACAUUGAGCAAUGCUUGUGGUUUUGUUUUCUUGAUCAUCGAGGUUUCAGGACCUCAUUCUUUUUUACUUAUGUAGUAUUACAGACCUCGAACUCUUGUCCAUUUUUGUUUCCUUAUUGUCUAAGGUUCCACGGGAACCGUGGUGUAGUUACUGA